UUGUUACUCACUUGUCUUGUUCUCCCAUGUUUAGAUUGGCAAAGAUGCUUCCUGCUGCCUUCCUUCAGUUGCUCACUUGUCUUGUUGUUCUCCAAAGUUUAGGGUAGUAAAUCUCAAGAGCAUUGGUAAGAGCAAUUGUUGGGUUGCCAGAACGCGUGGUGUGUAUAUCCUGAAGCGCACAAGGAGGAGGUCACCAGGUUCAAAUCCCUUCGGAUCUACAUCGACUGCAAGCCAGGUAUGGUUGCUGUUCUCUGGUUUUGACGGGCCAACUCAAGUUGAAGAUCAAAUCCGUCAUCAACAAGUAGCCAGCACACUCCCAGUCAUACCCAAUUACCCAUGGCUCCAUGAGGGUUCAGGAUCUCCACUGUUAAGCUGCAAUUACAACAAGGCCAGCCAAGCCAUGAGGUCUCUUUAUUUCGAGAUUCUUGUGAUGGUUUCAGAUUCAGAAGUGCACACCGUGGUCUAAGCUAUUACAAGCCAGAUACUGAAGCUCACGAGGAAGUCACUAUAGGCCCAUAUCUAGCAGGAUCUACAUCGAUUACAAGCCAGGUUCGCUGCCCUCAGUUUGGUCUGUUCCUGGUGAGGAUCCAUCAGAUUAUUCGGAUGGUUUCAGAUUCAGAAACGCACAAGGAGGUCACCAACAUCAGUCAGAUCUAAGCCAUUUCGAGGCAGCUUCCUAAGCACAAUAAAAAUUUCUCCUGGAAGGCCAAUCUUCUUAAUUUGUGACAACACCAAGGCCUAGCGAGCGUGAAGCUAUUUGCUUGAUUACCAUCAGGCCAUCAUACUGUAGUGGCCUCAGAUUCAGAAGUGCACACGGUGGUCUAAGCUAUUACGAGCCCCAGAUCCUGAAGCGCUCGAGGAGGUCACCACAGGUCGAAAGCCUUCCGGAUCUACAUCGACUACAAGCCAGGCCAGUAGGUGGUUGUUCUUUGGUUCUGUCAAGAAAAAAAAGGGAACAACAAGGACAUCUCAAGUUGAAGACUGAAUCCAGCUACUUAUUAUCGCCAACGAGCUAGCGCACUCUCAGGAUCUCAUGCUUCGGUGACAACUAGUCUGUUCGUUCCAGAUUCAGAAUAGCACAAGGAGGUCACGAACAUCGAUUUGAUCUAAGCCAUUACGAGACAGCACAAUAAAUAUUUCUUCUGGAAAAAAAGACGAGCUUCUAGAUCAGCUGGUCUGAUGAGUUGGCAGCCAUGUUCAGUGGCCAUUCUAAUGGUAUUGGGGAAAAUAUACAACUAGACCAUCACCCAAUAGUGAGACAUUAGCAAUUCUCAAAGUAAUGGCAGAGAUUGUGAUUCUUCUAGCCAUUCAAAAGAUUGGAAUUGCCUUGGCAAAGGGAGCGGCAGACCAGGUCAGUCUGCAGUUUGCGAAGUAUGGCACGCAACUACUAGAGCUACAGGGCAGCAUGGGCCGUGUUGCCAUGGAGCUUCGCGUAAUGCAUGAUGUUCUAUGUCAAAUGGAUAUUCGUAACCGCAACAAUCAAGUAUAUGAGGGCUGGUUGGAGGAGGUACAGAAAGUAGCAUAUGUGAUGGAGGACAUGGUGGAUGAGUACUUGUAUCUAGUUGGUCAGGAACAUGAUAUAGGUUGUUGUUUUUUCCUGAAAAAGGGGUUCAAAAAGCCAAGAUCUCUGCUUUCUUUGAACCAGAUAGCUUUCAAGGUGAAGGAAAUAGAGAAAAACCUUUCAUGUCUAUCAGAGACAAAAAACCGUUGGGUUCCCAUGAUAAACAACGGGGAUACUAGCAACUCAAAUUACAUUGUCAAGAGAUCCCAAGAUCUAGCAAACAUUUCACGCUCCCUUGAUGAAGAUCUAGUGGGGGUAGAUAAAAACAGAGAGAAACUUGAGCAGUGGUUGGGAGCUAAUGAUCUGGAGUGCUCUGUGAUAGCUCUGCUCGGAAUGGGAGGUCUUGGUAAAACCGCUUUAGCUGCAAAUGUCUACAAGAAGGAGAGGGAGAAGUUCCAGUGCUAUGCCUGGGUCUCCAUCUCUCAAACUUAUUCUAGAGAAGAUGUCUUGAGAAAUAUAAUUAAGGAACUUCUUAAAGAUAAUGUCAGUGUUCUAUCUAGCACUCUGGCUAUGGAUAUUAUGAGCCUUGAAGAGACACUAAAGAUAUAUCUGGAGCAAAGGAAGUACCUUAUCAUAUUGGAUGAUGUUUGGACUCCAGAAGCAUUUGAUGAUUUGUCUGGGGCACUUGCUCGUAAUGAUAAGGGCAGUAGACUGAUAAUCACAACAAGGGAAAACCGUGUUGCUGCACUUGCCUCUCAGGGACAUAUCUUAACACUUGAAGCUUUACAAAAAGACAAGGCAUGGGAUCUCUUUUGUAAGAAAGCCUUUCCAAAAGAUACAAACCAUGAAUGUCCUACAGAAUUGAAGCCAUUGUCCGAGGAAAUAGCUAGCAAGUGCAAAGGCUUGCCUCUUGCUAUUGUGUCAAUUGGUAGCCUCUUGCGUGUGCGUGAGAAAACCAUGGAAGAAUGGAGAAGGAUAAAUGACCAACUAAGCUGGGAGAUAAUCAAUAAUUCAAGGCUCGACCAUAUAAGGAAUGUUUUGUAUCUAAGCUUCGUCUACCUUCCAACUUACUUGAAAAGUUGUUUCUUGUACUGCAGUCUAUUUCCAGAAGACUAUGUUUUACACAGGAAACAACUUGCACGGUUAUGGGCAGCAGAGGGGUUUGUCGAGGAGAGGGGUGAAAGCACAUUAGAAGAAGUGGCGGAGGGCUAUUUAAAGGAGUUGGUUGACAGAAACAUGCUACAACUUGUCGAGAGGAACACAUUUGGUAGGAUGAAGACAUUCAGAAUGCAUGAUAUCUUGCGUGACUUGGCAUUGGACUUGUGCCAAAAGAACUGCUUUGGUGUUACUUAUGACAGUAAAUGUGAGGGGUCUCUUGAGAUGGUUGGACGACGGUUGGUAGUCCACAAACUAAAGAAGAAGAAGAAGAAUCAGCCAAUUUCUGGUAUACACCAACUUCGUACAGUGAUUACAUUGGACAAUAGCAUGCCAUCAUCCACUAUACCUUUGCUAUUCACGGAGUCAAGAUAUAUAACAGUGCUAGAAUUACGUGGUCUGCCCAUUGAGGAGAUUCCAGAAGCUAUUGGCGAUCUUUUUAAUCUCCGCCAUUUGGGUUUGCGUGGUUCAAAGGUGAAGAUGCUCCCUAAGUCUAUUGAGAAGCUUUCAAAUUUGUUGACACUUGACCUUUAUGAAUCUGAUAUACAUGAGCUACCUAGUGGGAUUGUGAAACUGAAGAAACUCAGGCACUUAUUUGCUGAGAGAGUAAUUGAUCCAACUUGUAGAGAGUUCAAAUGGGGCAGUGGCAUGUGUAUCCCCAAUGGUCUUGGAAAUCUAACAAACCUGCAGACAUUGCAAGCAUUGGAAGCACAAGAUGAAUCUCUUAGGCAUUUAGGGGAGCUGAGGCAAAUGAGAAGCUUGAGGUUAUGGAAUGUGAAGGGAACUUACUGUGGGCUUAUCGGCGAAUCUCUAGUUCAGAUGCAGUAUUUGGCCUACCUAGAUGUGGCUGCGAGCGACAAGAACGAGGUUCUCUCGCUGAAUGUCUGCCUGCCAAGCCUGCAAAAGCUAAGUUUAAGAGGACGACUAGCGGAAGGGGCAUUGGACGAGUCUCCUCUCUUCCAAGCUGUUGGGGGGCAGAACUUGUAUGAAUUGUCUCUAUACUGGUCACAGCUGAGAGAAGACCCCCUGCCAUCCCUUUCUCGGUUGUCAAACUUGACGUGUCUACGUCUCAUGAGAGCAUACAACGGAGAGCAGCUGGCAUUUCUCACGGGGUGGUUCCCCAAGCUAAAGGUUCUCUGGCUAAGGGACCUGCCUAAUCUGAAUCGGCUAGAGAUACAGGAAGGCGCCAUGGCGAGCCUGGAAAGAUUAGUCUUAAGCAACCUCAGAAGCAUGACGGAGGUCCCAGCUGGCAUUGAGUUCCUCAUGCCCAUCCAGUAUCUAGCCUUCUGGCAAAUCACCGGUGACUUCUUGGCGUUGCUGCGUCAAUGUUCUGCAAUUCAACUGACGCAGUGGAAGCAUACUCUCCGACGUUGACCUGCCACACUGGCCAGGAAUGUCCAUGCAGGUCACCGGCUGGAAGGAAGAUGCUUCUCUCUACUUGGGCCGGACGCAUGCAGAUUGGUCGCAGAGGAGUCAGGGCGUCAAUGCAUGCAUCGAUCUCAAGAUGCAUCAUAUCAUAUGCAGUGUUGGUAUACGUCAGUGCCGCAGUGGUGCAGCUGAUGUAGUACUGUACACCAUUUCAAGGUUUUCUCUGCUUUUUCAAGAAGCACCAUAAAACUCUGUUCUUUGGCUUCCUCUGCUUUAUUUCAAGGCAUACUUCUGUCCUGCUCCACCUUCGCCUACGGAGCUCUUCACUUGUGUUGCUACUGCCUCUACUAUAUAUUUGUGUGCUUUUGCUUCUAUGACUGCACUUAUUGUUGCAAUAAGACUCAAACCAAGUCGUGUUUUCAUCUUUGAGACUAUUUUUCAUUUUUGCAUUACCUGUUUGAACUGUGUGUGUGUGUACUUGUUCUGUUCGCGUCUCUGUGCGCUAGUUGUGAACCGUGUAUGAUAUCGCCUACGUAUUUCAGCUGUGGCUGUUAAAUAUAAAGGGCGGCUCAUGUUGUGAUUCA